GUUUAUAUGCACGUUGAAUGGUGGAAAACCUAGAGAUUGAUGGGCGAAUGAAGGCUUUUCAAGGACACCGAUGCGGAACACCACAAAACAGUGACAACUAUAUAUUAUUGUGCCUUUAUGCUGGGAGGGGUGUACGUGUUGGUCUCAGUUUUCAAAAAUCAGAAAGGCGGAACAGUUAACAAUAUGGAGACUAGAGCUAAGUUGUGUCUGGGGACUCUCCCCGUCCUUCUGGCCCUGAUUUUGGGGUACUUCAGGCCCGAUCUGACUCAUGUUCUCCCUGGUAUCCACAGCAUCUGGAGCGAUGUGACCCAUGCGCCACCGGACGCCGGAGAUGUGAGCCAGGCGCCACCGAAGGGUCACAUGCAGAAGUUUGGACUUCACGUGGACAAGGAAAAGGAGCUGAUCGUGAUGGACCAUUUCCCAAGUCCAGAAGAUUUUUACAGAGAUCACAUGCGACAGUCAGUCCCUCUCGUGGUGCGAGGGUCGCUGAAACACUGGCCGGCCGUGGAGAAAUGGAACAAUGAAGAUUACUUACGAGAGAAAUUUGGUAACAGAGAGUUCACAGUGAUGUUCAAAAAAUCAAACGAUCACAGCCACAAGUCACAUAUGACAAUGAGCAUGACAGAUUUUCUAGAUCGGUACCGCGAUGAACAUAUUUACAUGGACGCCACACUUUCCCCAGAAAUGACAGAAGAUCUGACUAUCCCAAGAUUCCUUGGUUGCGACGCCAUCAUGAAAAUGAUGAAGCAGUUUGCAGUAUUCUUCAACGCCGGAUGGUCCAGUACCUACAUCCACGUGGACGCCACAGAGACGCUGUUUGCGCAAAUUACGGGUCAACGACAAUGGAUUCUGAUACCGCCGGCCCAUGGGAAAUACCUAUACGUGGACGAUUUUAACUAUCACAGAGGGAUCUCUCCAGUCGAACCGGAAGCCGUCGACCUCAUCAAAUUCCCGAAUAUUUCUAAAGUCGACAUCUACAAUAUCACACUGUAUGAGGGGGAUAUUAUCUACGUGCCCGAGGGGUGGUACCACCAAGUUCGCACCAUGGGCGGUCCACCUAACAUGGCAAUGGCUAUUUUUAUCAAUUAUCUACUUUGUUCGGAGGGAGGGCAUCCACCAAAUAGAACCGACGAAAUGGUCAUGGAGCGAUGCAUCGCACGGAGGGAGGCCACGCCCAAAGAAAUUAACUGUAAGGAACGAAUGGAAGAUAUGCCAAUGCACGAAUUUAUCGCCCAGUACAGUUAUAUCAACCCAGAAGCGAUUGAUGUGGCGUUAGAAUUCGAAUCACCAAUGGCGCAGUUGAGGUCACAUAUAAGCACACUGAGCAGCGGGUUUGACAUGCCUGGCUUAGGAUUUGGAGUGAGCGGCCAACCCACCGAGAAGGCGAAAAUCUCUACUGCUCAUGCGCUGCGACUGCGCUACAGUCUCUUUGACACGGACCCAGAUGAUGAAUCCGAGGAGAUUCUAGGGACUAUUUUAGCUUCCACUCCAGAUGUCAAGCGAGAGGAUGUUUUUAUCGUCGUGAAGGUCCAUCCUAGAAAUUUAGGAAGGGAAAAAACUAUCGCUUCUGUUCAAAGAUCUCUAGCUAGAUUAAAAACCGACUACAUUGAUUUGGUACUUAUUAAAGCGCCCUCUUGUAAUGGUAUGAAAUUCAAGUGCGAAGCAGACGAUAACCGUGGCACUUGGAAAGAAUCUUGGGAAGCUUUGGAGGAACUGAUCGAAGGCGGUAAAAUUCGGUCCCUAGGCGUGAGCAACUUUAAGAUGUCUCAGCUUCGAAAACUGAUUGAUUUUGCUAAAUUUCCCCUGUCCGUUGUACAAAGUAAUUUCAACUUGUACAAUAGGAAAACUAAACUGCGUCAGUUCUGCAAAGACAACGGCAUCGCGUUUAUGGCGCAUGGAUUGAUGGGAGUUUUGGAGACUGAGAACGGCACACGCGAAAGCCCUCUACUGUCCCACCCUAAGGUGGACCUUGCAGCCAAAAAAUACCGCACAACACCAGGAACAAUACUGAUACGAUGGGCCUUAGAACAAGAUGUUAUAGUUGCGCCACCGUCGACCAAUGUGGAUCACAUUGCAUUUAACAGACACGCGUUUAUGUUAGAUAUAGCAGAUUCACCCUGGGCUAUUGAUAUGCUUACUGAAUACUUUCCUCACGUAGAUUAAGUAGUCAUUGUUACAUAUGUGUAUGGAGAUGACAUUUCUGGGUGUCAAGUAUAUGAGAAAAAAAGGAACGCUGUAGUAAUUUUGAAAAAAAAAUGAGUGAAGUUUAUGAAGCCCGUUUCUGUAGUAUUUUCAUAUGAACUCUCUCUCUCUCUCUCUCUCUCUC